AUGCAUGAGCUCCGCCAGCCUGAGAGAGUCUUUCACGAUCCAAGAGAGGAUGAGGGUCUGAUGGAGGCACAGUUCAUUUGGGAUGAGGAGGAGGAGCAGAUGAAGGAAGGAGAUGCAGCAUCCUCCUCCUCCUCUCUCCCGGUCUGGGGCACCCUGGAGGAGCUGGUGCAAUUCCUGCUCAGCAGGUAUCUUGCCAAGGAGUCAAUCACAAAGGCAGAAGUGCUGAGUAGUGUCCUCAAAGAUUACCAGGACCACUUCCUAGUUGUCCUCAGUCAAGCCUCAGAGUACCUGCAGCUGAUCUUUGGUUUGGAGGUGAAGGAGGUGGGCCCCAGUGAGACCACCUAUAUUCUUGUCCCCACUCUGGGCCUCACCCUCAAUGAGAUGCUGAGGGAUGGGCAGGGGUUGCCCAAGGCCGGCCUCCUGGUGGUGAUCCUGUGCUUGAUCACUAAUGGAGACCGCGCCCCUGAGGAGAAGGUCUGGGGAGCACUCAGCAGAUUGGGUGUGUGUGUCGGGAGUGUGCACUGUGUCUUUGGGGAGCCCAGGACACUUCUGACACACGUGUGGGUGCAGGAGGGGUACCUGGAGUACCGGCAGGUGCCUUACAGCUACCCUGCUCGCUAUGAGUUCCUGUGGGGUCCCCGGGCCUAUGCGGAGACCAGCAAGCGGGAAGUCAUGGCAUUUCUGCUCAGGAUCAAAGAAAGGGCUUCGAGGGCCUUCCCACCCCUGUCUGCAGAGGCU